AAACCAAGGUAUCUCAUGUCACAUUUGGUGCCUUAUGGAACAGUUGGAUCUGAAGCUUUCCUCGUUUUCUUGCAUUAUUCGUAUACCGGAAAGCAAAAGCCUUCACCACCAGAAGUUACAACAUGUGUUGAUGAAGCAUGUAGCCAUGAUGCUUGCCGACCUGCUAUCAAUUAUACUCUGGAACUAAUGUAUGCUUCUGCCACUUUUCAGAUGAAAGAGCUGGUUUCGCUUGUCCAGCGGCGUCUCCUAAAUUUUGUUGAGAAGGCUCUUGUGGAAGAUGUUAUUCCUAUUCUUAUGGCUUCCUUUCACUGCCAACUAAGCCAGCUUCGCUCUCAAUGCAUUCAAAGAGUAGCAAGGUCUGACCUUGACAGCAUAUCUUUGGAUAGAGAACUCCCUCAUGAAAUUGUGACUGAAAUCAAGUCACUCCAAGUCCAAUCUAAGCCAGAAUCCACACCUGAUGCAAUGAAAGUAGAACCUUCAAAUGUUGAGAGUAUCAGGAAAAUCCAUAAAGCAUUGGACUCUGAUAAUGUUGAGCUACUGAAGCUUCUUUUAAAUGAGUCUAGUGUCACUCUAGAUGAUGCCUAUGCUUUACACUAUGCCUGUGCCUAUAGUGAUUCUAAGGUUGUUCAAGAGGUUCUUACUCUAGGCUUGGCUGAUGUUAACCUUAGAAAUCCCCGAGGAUACACGGUUCUUCGUGUGGCUGCAAGACGAAAGGAUCUAUCCAUUUUGGUAGCAUUACUGAAAAAAGGGUCAUGUGUAUCAGAUACCACCCCAGAUGGACAAAAUGCCCUUUCAAUUUGUCAGAGGUUGACAAGACGGAAGGAUUAUCAUGAGAAAAUAGUGCAGGGGAAGGAAUCUUGUGUUGAUGUCCUGGAGAGAGAGAUGAGAACAAAUUCUAUGUCUCUGAAUAUGUCUGUUUCGUCACAGUUAACUACUGAUGAUUUGCGCACGAGACUGGAAAUCUAUGAACUUAGAGUUGAAGCUGCCAAGGUAUUGUUUCCUGCUGAGGCUAGGGUAGCCAUUGAGAAAGCUGAGGCAGAUUCAACAUCACUGUAUGUAAGCUCAUCAGCUUUGAAGGGCCCAAGUGGCAUUCGACAAGAAGAAGACCUAAAUGAAACUCCCUCUGUUUAUAUCAGAAUACUACAGUUAAGAUUGCAUGCCUUUGUAACAACAGUUGAGUAUGGUUGGCGCUUGUUUCCCCAUUGUUCUGAGGUGCUUGAUAAGUUUCUGGACUGCGAGAUGCCUGAUGUUUACUUCCUAGAGAAGGGCACUGAAGAAGAGCAGAGAAUCAAGAAAGCACGCUUCCUGGAACUUAAAGAUGAUGUGCAGAAGGCAUUUAACAAGGAUAUGGCUGAAAAUAACCAUUCAGGUUUUUUAUCUUCAGUGUCUUCCUCAUCAUCCUCAUCUCGUAGGGAUGGUCUUAGCCAUAAAGUGAGGAAAAAAUGAAGUCCAUGUUCUUCUAUAAGUGGUUGCUAAAAGUUUUGGCUUUUUCAA